CUGCGAAUGCAUUUUGCGAUUUCGCGCGCGACACGAGGGCCGCGAAACCGCGGGUUUUCUCACGCUCGCUGCCCGAUCGAGUCUCAAUCGUACGCCGAUCGGAAAACUUCGGGCCUAAUAAGCUUGUCCUGGCAUGAUGACGCAUUCCUAUCCCCUGAGUAGUGUGUAUCGUCUCAGAUUUAACAUGAUAUAUAGUUGUUAUUACACUCGCGACCAAGUAGUUAUUUGUACAUUUUUUUUAUAUAACGUUCGCGUAAGACACACACAUAACGCAUCAUGGUUUGCAGAGCCGAUGAAAAGAGUCAAAUAUGUGUGGUCGAAUUCAAUAUGCCUUAUGAGGUUAAUCAUAAACUUUGCACUAGUGACAAAUUUUCCCUAUAUAUAUCUACACGUGCAAAAGAUCUUUUCAAUUAUAUCGAAGAACACUAUCACAUGCCACCAGAUAGCUUUAGAUUGAUUCUAUGCACAUCAUCAUGCAAAAUGAUUAAUUUGGCUGAUAUGAAAGACAAAACAAUGGAGGAAAUUGGCGUAGAUUUCUCGAUUGAUACAAGUUCGGCUGGAAAAAAUACUCUAUUUGUUGUUGAUCCACAACGACCCUUUGUUAUUGAUGUAACAGCACAAAAAAUGGCACAAUACAAUCUGCCAACAUACAAUCUCGCAGGUGCACCAGCUCUUCAACCACAUAUAUGGGGAGAAGAGGAUAUUGUUAAGGAAGAUGUUAGAGAAGAUGUUAAAGAUGAUAAAGAGGAAGUUAACUUUAGAAGUUUCAUUAAAACUGAGACAAGCUAUGUUGGUUUAGUCAAUCAAGCAAUGACUUGCUAUUUGAAUAGUCUUCUCCAAGCAUUAUACAUGACGCCAGAAUUUCGUAAUGCACUAUAUAAUUGGGAAUAUAUAGACGGUUCUGAAAAAGAUGAAGCCUUAAGCAUACCAUAUCAAUUACAGAAAUUAUUUCUCAAUUUGCAGACAUCUACAAAGUCUGCAGUCGAAACUACUUCCUUAACUAAAAGUUUUGGAUGGGAUUCUACUGAAGCAUGGCAACAGCAUGAUAUUCAAGAGCUUUGUAGAGUUAUGUUUGAUGCAUUAGAACAGAAAUUUAAAAAUACAGAACAGGCGGAUCUAAUCAAUAGACUUUAUGAAGGAAAGAUGAUUGAUUAUGUUAAAUGUCUUGAGUGUGGAACAGAGAAAUCAAGAGAAGAUACAUUUCUUGAUAUCCCAUUACCAGUUAGACCAUUUGGAAGCAAUAUUGCAUAUAACAGUGUGGAAGAAGCAAUCAGAGCAUUUGUUCAAUACGAAACAUUGGAAGGAACCAAUCAGUAUUAUUGUGAAAAGUGCAACAAAAAAUGUGAUGCACAUAAAGGAUUGAAGUUUACAAAGUUUCCAUAUCUGUUAACCUUACAUCUCAAGCGAUUUGACUUUGAUUACAAAACAUUUCAUAGAAUCAAGCUUAAUGAUAAAGUCACGUUCCCAGAUAUAUUAAAUUUAAAUUCUUUCAUCUCGUCCGCAACGAGUCAAGAAUCUCCUGGUGGUGAAGAAGACAUUGGUUUAGGUAUCAAAUGCGAUGAUAGCUCUACAACGGAUAGCGGUACUUUAGACGAUGACUGUGUACCGUGCGACAACAGUCUUUCCAAUAGUAAUCAUUCAGCCAAUCAUGAUCAAGAUGAUGAUGAAGGUAUUGAUAUGAGCAAUGGACCAUCGACAUCAAGUUGUAGUACACAUAAUCAUGAGAAUGACAAGAAUCGCAGUACUUAUAUGUUAGGAAAAGGUCCAUAUAUGUAUGAACUAUUUUCCAUCAUGAUUCACAGCGGCAGUGCGAGCGGAGGCCAUUAUUACGCUUAUAUAAAAGAUUUUAAAACACAAGAAUGGUUAUGUUUUAAUGACCAAAGUGUAACUCAAAUAACUCACGAUGAUAUUCAGAAAACAUAUGGAGGCGGACCAUCAAGAGCAUAUUAUAGUGGUGCAUAUAGCAGCAGCACAAAUGCAUAUAUGCUCAUGUAUAGACAAAUUGAUCGUACUCGUAAUUCUUUGCCUAUGCAAACUCAAGAUUUUCCACGACAUAUUCAAGAGUUAUUGAAGAAAAUGAAAGAAAAUGAAGAUAAUGAUAGAAAAAAUCGUGAAAAACAAAUGUCCAUACCUAGAUUGAAAAUAUAUUGUCAUCACCCAGUAGAGGGAAAAUUGAUGAACAUUAAAUUAUAUGUUAUGUCUGACAUUACCUGGGCUGAGGCUACAGAGAAGGCAUAUAAGAAAUUUGGCCUUGAAAAUGUAGUGAGUCUAGAUCAAUGUCGUUUAGUUAGUUACGAACAUAAUACCGAUUUAAUAGAAUGUAGUUAUGAUGAUCGAGAGCAUGAAUCUGUUGGAAGUAUAUGGCGUAUUUCACGACGAUUCGAUUUAUUGUUAGAAAUUCGUCGCAAAGAUCAAAAGUUUGAGACAUAUUUACCAGGUGGAGUUGCAACUAAGGUAUUUGUCAUAGAUGUAGCGAGAGAGGAGGUAAUUGACGGUCCAAUCGAUAUUCGAGGUUCUUUGUCGCAAAGUGUUAAAGAGUAUAAACAAAUCGUAGGAAAAAUUAUUAAUAUGGAUCCUAAGCAAAUGAAAGUAAUAUUACGAAAGCAUCCAGAGAUUAGACCUGUGGAAAAUGAUGAUAAUGAUCUUCAAACUGAAGGAUUUUAUAAUGCAAAUAAAGUAUUCAUAUCAACAAUGUAUGACAUAGAUAAUAACAAAUCUUUUCAAGAAUCAACAGUAUACAGAGUCAUAGAAAAUUUUAGAUAUGUUAUUUCAUUACAUGUCCAAUUACCAGAUACCAGCAAAGAAAUAUUGGAAGAAUUGAAUAUUCCGUUAUUAGAUGAUAAACAUGAGGAAAAAGAGAAGCCUGUAGCCAUUAGCAAUGGUUCACCUAAACUGUGUAUUCCCGAGUCUUGGGACAUCAAUAUUUCAAAUCUGAAAUACAGUGAAAAUUCAAAAAGUUGUACACGGAAUAACGAAGAUACUAUUCGAAACAUAAGUCCUCAGUUAGGCGAAGCUGAGGAGUGGAAUACACCUGAACAGAGUAAUAGUGAAGAUAGUAGCCUUAGUGAUAGCGAUAAAACGUUAGUCGGCGAUGCGCCGGAUGGUGCCGAUAUUGAACCGCAGUCGUGGCAUAGGCGCAACUAUAGAGACUACAAGAUUUCAAAGCAAUUCGAAAUAGAAAACUGGGACAUUGAUGACGACUCUGAUUAUUACUUUAGAGCUAAGCCAUAUACAGAUAGUACACAACAAAAAUUAUUUAAAGUAUUAGUCGAUAAAAGAAUGAGAUUAAGCACUUUAAAAAAAGAUUUAGAACCAUUCGUAAGUGUACCUGUGGAUUAUUUUAAAAUUUUUCGUUUAUCGAAUUCCGGUGAAUCAGAAUGUAGCUGUUUAACAGAACAGCUUAAUUCGUACGAGGAUGGUGAGAGACUUAACGUAAAACUCGGACGAGCUUUGCGUAAUGGAGAAUUUAAAGUAAAAUUAUAUCAACUAUUGGUCGACUCCACUGAGCCUUACAAAUUUUUGUGCGAAUGGAUCGUCUCGAAAGAUAUGACGGUCGGGCAUGCGAAAAAAGAGAUACUAGCAGAAAUAAAGAGAAAAUAUGAUAUAGAUAUACCGUAUGAAAAAUGCCGGCUUAGAAAAAAAUAUUAUAAGACAGCCUCAAAAGUAUUCUUAAACGAACAGAAAUUCGAGGAUCUUCGAUUUCACACGCAAUUUGAGAUGAUUGUUCAAGAAUUAUCAGAUAAAGAGACAGUCACAGAUAUCAAUCAGAUCGUCCUGUUUGUCAGAAGGUGGUUACCAGCAAAAUUGCAACUAGGACAAUUUCAAGAAAUUGUUAUGGAUAAUAGGACCGUCGAAGAAUUAAAAAAGAAGCUUUCUUCAAUAUCAGAUAUUCCAGAAGAAUAUAUAGAUAUAGCUAAAGGAAAAGGUAAUUUUCCAUGUGACAGUUGUUCUGUGCUUCGAAUUCAAAAUGAGCUUGAUUGGAAUGAACCUCAUGAUAGUUUAGCUUUCAAUUUUGAAGAUGGUGCCGUUUUCUUAUAUAGGGAUAAUAGGGAAAAACCAAAACAAUUAAAUGCUGAUGAGGUAAUGGAAAUCGCUUUUAAGGAAAAUUCACGCUUAACGCCGCUUACUACUACUUCAAGUUACAGUCCACGUCGAGAGAGAGCACUUAAAAUAUAUUUGGAUACCGAAUGAUUGUUCAUAGAGAAAGAGCACAAGUCUCUUAAAAACGAAUUAUUAAAUAGGCAAAUGAGUGAACACAAAACAUUUGCACGUAAAUUGUUUACAUAUUUGAUAUUUGUGAAAUCAACAUGUCAUCAAUUACCAGAUAUUUUGUGUUUCAAGGAAUCUUCAGCAUUUCAAAGCUUUCGCGUUUUUAAGGGUUUUCGGCUUUCCUUUGAAACUAUUGGAUUUUUAAGACUGUUUGGAUUCAUGAAUUGUUAUAUAGUAAUACAUAUAUCGAGAUCUUGGUAUACAUACCUAAUUUCCAAAUUUCUAGAAUUUAUAUGAAGUGUAAAAUAUAUGUGCGGUAUAUCACUUGGUCCGUUGAAUCAAUUUUUCAUCUGUAGAGAUAAAUUAAACAGCAUAGUUAGCUAUAAAAAAUCCAAUAAUGUGAUAAUAAAUUUCUUGAUACAGUUUCUAAGUGAAUUAUGUGAUACAGGUUUGAUGAAAAUUUAUGUGAUUUAUUGUGAAAACUUAUGUGAAUUAUUGACUAGCACAACAAUUUAUAUUUCUGAUAUUUUUAUUAUUUUUUUAUAAAUUGCUUGUUUUUUCCUGUAUAAAGAAAAGAAUUUAUAUCUUAUAUAUCUUAAAAUAUGUUAGACAUUUUUUUUUAUCUUUAUUAAAACGGAAUUACAUAUUAAUAUUAUACACAAAAUUUAAAAAUUUAUACACAAAAGCUUUCAUAUUGACAAUAUUUUUGUUUCUUUUCUGGCACAACAAUGAUUAAAUCACAUUCUUCAAGUCUAUUAGGCUUUCAAAUUUUAGUUUAUGAAGUAUCUUGUUUUGCAAAUCAUUUUUUCUAAUAUGUAUAUACAGCAUUAAUUUGACAAUGUGAUAUGUGUCAAAUUACUUUAAUCAUGUUAUAACAAAUAUGUGAUAAUUUUUAAUUAUUUAUACUUAAUUAAUAUCUUCACUCUUAAUGUGCAUAAAUUCGAAAAUAACAAAAAUAAUGUUUUAAAAAGAAAUGUUGAAAGAAACAGAUUAUUUUUAUUAUAUACAAAUUUUUAUAAGUUAUAUAUGCAUAUAUAUUUUUUUUCUUCAUCAUGUUACUGACAGAAAAUCUGAAAGAACAUAUACUGCUGAGCUAAUAUAUUUCAUUAUUGUUUUUACUUUAUAAUGUAUAUGUAUACAUAUCUCUCAUCAUAUUUCUAUUUUUUGCAAUAACAAACAUAAAUAUUAAAAAUAUUUUUAUCUAAAAAGAUAUGAGUAUUUUUUUUAAUUUAUAAAAAUGUGAAUCACAUUUAUUGUUUCAGCUGCUAAUGUUUUUGCUUGAAACCAUCUAGCCUGAAAUCUGUUUUUAUAUGACACUUCAAUGAUUUUUUUCUCUUAAAGAUGAAAAUUGAUAAACUGGAUCAAGUGGUAAUUUAAUUAGUUCUAUUUGUUAUAACUUUAUUUAUUUUGUUAUCCUCUCUAUAAUUAAUGUUUUAUUUAUCACCUGAAACUAGACUUUAAACGUUGUUUGAUUAAUGUUUUUAUAAUCGCUGAACGAAUGAAAAAUAUUGAUGCUGAUGCUAUCUUUUAGCAAGAUAGAUAACAAUAAAAGUUGUGAAUUAUACAUUUGAUCUUUUUUUUGUGAAUAAGUUAAUUGUAAGAUUAUAAUAUAUAUCUCUCUUGAUAGGAUUGUAAUUUGAAACUUUCCACUCAUCAGCGAUCAAAUAUUAUUCUCUGUAUAAUACACCGAAGUUAUGUGUGAGACAAAUUAUAUUUAUAAUUAUUAACAAUGAAAUAUUGAAA